AUGGAAGAGCGCUCCCAAACAGCUGACAAGUCUCUUGCUGGGACAUUAAUGAGUACACUAACCAACAUGAGGUUUGAUGGUUCACGUACUAUGCAUGAGCAUGUUGUUGAAAUGACGAACAUUGCUGCAAGGCUUAAGUCCUUAGGCAUGAUUGUGGAUGAAAGCUUCCUUGCUCAUUUUAUUCUUAACUCAUUACCGACUGAGUAUGGGCCAUUUCAAGUGAACUAUAAUGCCAUGAAAGAUAAAUGGAAUGUGCAUGAAUUGCACAAUAUGUUAGUUCAGGAGGAAAUACGGCUAAAGAAUCAAGGAAGUCAUUCAGUCCAUUACGUGAGCCAUAAAGGACAUCAAGGAGCUGGAAAGAAGGUUGUAAAGAAGCAUGAUAAGGGUAAAGGGCCAUUGAAGAUUAAUGAGGCCUCUGCACAAAUCCAGAAGAAUAAUGAUAAAGAUAAAUGUCGUUUCUGUGGAAAAUCUGGUCAUUUCCAAAAGAAUUGCCUGAAACGGAAAGCUUGGUUUGAGAAAAAGGGUAAGCUCAAUGCUUAUGGAUUCCAUUCGAUCCAAGCCAUAAACCCAAAUGAAAGGUUCAUGUUUAUGGAGAAUAGAGUGAAAGCUCCAGUGGAAGUUGUCGGGACUUAUCGCUUGAUUCUUGACACUGGACAUCAUUUAGAUUUAGUGGAAACUCUUUAUAAAUCUCAAGCAGUGGAUGCCUUGGAAAUUUACUUGAAUGAAGUGGAAAGGCAAUCAGACAGAAGGGUGAAAGUUGUUAGGUCUGAUAGAGGUGGUGAGUAUUACGAAAGGUAUGAUGAAACUGGACAACAUCCAGGUCCAUUUGCUAAACUCCUUGUGGUAUUUGUGCUCAAUACAUAA